CAUUACCAAUACCAUACAUAUAUAUGCCACUGUUAUGUUUCCCUUCAGGCAUUUUUCCUCGUCAAACAUCAACUUCAAUCAGAUAAUCCCGCAAAAAGCUCCCUCUCUCCGCUAACUACCACUGUUUCCCGCUCCUUUCCACCAUGGAAUUCCGACCAACCUCCGCACCCCCUUCGUUCUCUCUUUGUCUCUCCCGAUAAAUCACCGCCCUCAUUUGAUAUCAACAGCUAACCACUCUGUGUGCUUAUGGAUUCUACAAACAGCUGACGGUGCAUGAACUGAACUUCGCAGAAAAACAGCCUGACUUCUGACUUCACUAAUGGCUUCCACCAGUUCAACGCCCACUGAUCCUUCUUCUUCUACACCCGACGACACGGCAGCCAAAGCCGUGAACAAGCGAUACGAAGGCUUGGUUGCUAUUCGGACUAAGGCAAUAAAGGGCAAAGGAGCAUGGUACUGGGCUCAUUUAGAGCCAAUUCUUAUCAGAAACUCAGACACAGGUCUCCCUAAAGGUGUCAAACUCAAGUGCUCCUUAUGUGACGCUUUGUUUUCAGCCUCAAACCCGUCGAGAACCGCAUCGGAGCAUCUUAAACGAGGCACCUGCCCCAAUUUUAACUCUGUUUUUCGACCCAAUUCGGUAGUAUCGCCUUUGCCUAUAUCGUCUUUGCCGUCUCCUCCUUCCCAUAAUCAUCGAAAGCGAAGCUCUCACAUGGCUACACCUUUAAAUUCACUAGCUAUAGUUGAGUCAACUCGUUUUUGUAACGAGCUUGGUUAUUCUAAUUCUGGGUUAACUCAGCAGCAGCAUCUGGUAUUAUCCGGUGGAAAAGAUGAUUUGGGUGCACUGGCAAUGCUGGAAGACAGUAUUAAGAAGCUUAAGAGCCCUAAAGCUUCUCCUGGUCCUUCAUUAAGCAAGGACCAGAUUGAUUCUGCUCUUGAAUUAUUAGCUGACUGGUUCUAUGAGGCUUGUGGGUCCGUCUCAUUUUCAAGCCUCGAGCACCCAAAGUUUCGAGCUUUCCUUCAUCAAGUAGGCUUGCCUUCUUUGGCAAGGAGGGACUUGUCUGGUGCUAGGCUAGAGAACAGGUUUCACGUGGCAAAAACUGAGGUCGAAGCUAGAAUUAGAGAUGCUAUGUUCUUUCAAGUUGCUUGUAGUGGCUGGAAGAACAAGCAUUGUUGUAGUGGAGAGGAGAAUUUGGUUAAGUUUAGCAAUAAUCUUCCAAAUGGGACUAGUUUGUUUCAAAAAGCUGUAUUAACUGGAGGAUCGGUGUCCUCAAAGUAUGCAGAAGAGAUUAUGUGGGAGGCAGUGACGAGCGUAAGCGGGAGUUCUUUACAGAGAUGUGUAGGGAUAGUUUCGGAUAAGUACAAGGCCAAGGCAUUAAGGAAUUUGGAGAUUCAAUAUCAAUGGAUGGUGAAUCUCUCAUGUCAGGUUCAGGGGUUACUUAGUUUGAUCAAGGAUUUCUUCAAGGAGCUUCAACUUUUCAGGACUGUCACUGAAAAUUGCAUGAAGCUUGCCAAUUUUGUAAAUAAUAAAUCUCCAGUUAGGAUUAGCUUCCAAAAAUAUAGGAUGCAGGAGCUUGAAUGUGCUGGUUUGCUUCGCGUUCCUUCCAGUAAAUGUGAAUGCACAAAGGAUUUUACGAAUGUUUAUGUGAUGCUGGAGGAUAUACUGAGCUGUGUCCGUGUGCUUCAGAUGGUUGUCUUGGAUGAUUCGUAUAAGGUGAUAAGCGUGGAGGACUCUGUUGCUGGGGAAAUUGCUGGGAUGAUUCAAAGCGAGGGGUUCUGGAAUGAAGUAGAAGCAGUUUAUUCACUAACGAAGCUCAUCAGAAGGAUGGUUCAUGAGAUUGAGGUGGAGCGGCCGUUGAUAGGACAGUGCCUCCCUCUAUGGGAGGACUUGAAAGCAAAAGUGAAGGAUUGGUCUGCCAGAUUUAACAUUGUCGAUGGACACGUAGAGAAGAUAGUAGAAAAGAGAUUCAGAAAGAAUUAUCACCCAGCAUGGUCUGCUGCAUUUAUACUUGAUCCCCUUUAUUUGAUGAGGGACACAAGUGGAAAGUACCUUCCACCAUUCAAGUGCUUGACACACGAGCAGGAGAAGGAUGUGGACAAGCUUAUAACCCGACUGGUUUCCAGGGAAGAAGCUCAUGUUGCCUUAAUGGAGCUUAUGAAAUGGAGAUCAGAAGGCCUAGAUCCAUUGUAUGCCCAGGCUGUUCAGGUUAAACAGCGGGACCCCUCCACCGGAAAGAUGAAAAUUGCACAUCCGCAGGGCAGCAGGUUAGUGUGGGAAACUUGCCUGAGUGAAUAUAAAACACUAGGCAAGGUUGCAGUCAGGCUUAUCUUCCUCCAUGCGACCUCUUGUGGAUUCAAAUGCAAUUGGUCUUCCAUGAAAUGGAUUUGUACGCAUAGGAACUCAAGGGUGGGCCUCGAAAGGGCUCAAAAGAUGAUAUUUAUUGCAGCUCAUGCUAAGCUUGAAAGAAGGGAUUUCUUGAAUGAAGAAGAAAAGGAUGGAGAGCUUCUCCGUCUAGCAGGCUGUGAGGAUGACUUGCUUGAGGUCUUUUCUGAUGCACCACCGAUGUAACGUUUUUCCUUUUAACUUCGUCUAGGAUUUUAAAACUUUAGGAUUUAUUAAAUUCUUUUGCUCUAUCAUUUUUCUUUUUUUGAAAAUUUACUUCUAGUUGAAGAUGUGAGAGGUAUGGUUAGAACAAAAUUAUAUGGGGAGGGAAACAACCAAUGUACCACUACACUGCAUAGCUGCAUGAUUUGAAUGAAUCGCUUCUCUUCCCAUGAAUGAAGUGAGAUUUUUUUUUCUUUCUUUUUUUGUGUGUGUAAAUAUUUGAAAGUUUGAAACGUUUUCCUAUUUUGCUGCUUAUAAACAUAGAAAUAGUCCAUGAAUGUGAUUUUUCUAUA